UGAUUUCUAAGACAAAGACUUUAUCAUGGCGAUGUCUAAAGUUCCAGCGGCUCCCUCUUUCGGUGCAGUCUCAGACGACACAAUUAAAUGCCUAGAAGGGGAUUCUGUUUUUAUCCGAUGCCAGGCCGUAGGUUUUCCUCAACCAACGGUCACAUGGUACCACGAAGAUGGCGUCUUGUUGCCAGGAAACAGACACGAAAUAUCAGGAAAUGGAUUACUGAUUAAAAGUUUCAAAAAGGAGGAUUUUGGAUCUUAUAGUUGUGUUGUUGCAAAUGAGGAAGGAGAAGAUGUUAAAGCAUUUACAGUUGAAAGAGAAGAUUUGAAAAAAGACGGAGCCAGAGACUCACUGGAAAAGGCUGACAACGUCAAAAUUUUCAGUUCAUAUAAUAAUUGCAAGGGUCCAGUUUUUUCUGGUAGCGGCAACACUUAUACAAUCACUCAGCCAAAUGAAAGAAAACAAUCUAAGGACACCUCGCCCAGCUCGCAUCAUGAAAAAUCCAAAAAUUCUUCAAGUAAUGAUGUACAAAUCGCCAAAACAAAAGCAAAAGUAGUAGUAGCAUUUUUCUAUGGAGUUAUUAUGUUGGCUGCUUUAUCCCUAGGGACAUUGUAUGCAAUAUAUUGAUCCAAUGGUUACAUUGACAUUUCUAAUGCUGGACGAAUUGUCAUUUUUUUUCAUAUAUGUAAAGAUAUAUUUAUUGAGUUGUUUUUUGAUUCAGUUUUUUUUUGGAGGGGAUUUUCUUUUUAAUUUAGUGAAAAUAAGCAGAUUCUAAAUAAAAGAUACAGAUUUGUUUGGAAAUAAGUAAUUAACAUAGUGCAUUUUUCUAUAUUAAAGUAUUAGUUUAGGUAUUAUAAAUGAUGUCGUAAUAAGAGCGAGUUUUUACCACCGCAAUAAAACAACAGUCCGAUAUGGUUCAAAGGUAAUAUUCAAGGGCUUCUUUUUUAAAUAUUAGAAAAUAUAUAAAUAAAAUACCACGACCUAUCAUGAAGCGAAAAUAUGUUAUAUUGGUACAUUUUUUCCAACUUCAACAUUCAUCUCCCUCAGUGCAAAGUAAAGGCGGCUGAGCAUAGUGCUGACUACACAAUUUCUUCAAAUGCCGAGGUGACUGAAGUAGGUGAACUCUACUUCAUUUGCCCCUUAGUCGGUAGGAUUCAAAAGGGUACUUUAAUUUUUAGACAAAAGUAGCAGUCGAGCAGUAUUAUUUACAUUAGACGUUAUUCGUAACUAUGUAGAAGUGUGCGAGUAGUUGGCUUCCUUUAUUUAUUGAGAGGGAAAAUGGGUUCGUCUAUGAAAAUGUUAUAUGUAGUAGAAUAGUUGGAUGGGUGUCAUAUUUUAGAAUUAUAUAACGUGCAAGAUAAAUGAUCACUUGUAAAUGUGAAAAGUAUGCAGCGCGUUUAGUUGUAAUUUCAAAUUAGAAGAUGAAAUAAAUUCAAUAGUUUGUUUUCAAAAAAGGUAACUAUAUUUUACAUAGGCUAAAUUUCAUCCAAUCCGUUAUGCUUUGUUGUGCAAAAUAUUUUUAAAUUUUACAUUUUGUUCUGUCGUAUUGAUUUUAUUUUAAAAAAGUAACUAUAUUCGUUCAUAUUUGUGCAAAAUGUGA